GGCCAUUCCUCGAUUUCGUCAUGGGCGGUGGCGGCACUGACGGCGACGGCGACUGGGCGGUGCUGCCCUUCCCUCCUCGCCUCGCCGAUGUUACUCUCGCGCUCGUCGGGAAAGUUGGUUCCGGCAAGAGCGCAACGGCAAAUAGCAUACUUGGAGACGAUGCAUUUGAAUCCAAGGACUCGUAUAGAGCUGUCACUGGAACAUGUCAGAAGAGAAGCAGGGAGUUUCACGAUGGCCGUGCGACACGUACCGUGAAUGUCAUCGAUACUCCGGGCCUGUUCGACAUGGAUAGUACAGCUGAACAUGUUCAGAAGGAGAUAGCCAAGUGCAUGGACAUGGCCAAAGAUGGCUUAGAUGCUAUGCUUAUGGUAUUUUCAGCUCAGUCUCGGUUUUCUUCUGAAGACGAGAAGGCAAUUGAGUCAAUCAAACUGUUCUUUGGCAAUGAAGUCCUUGAUCACAUGAUAUUAGUUUUCACACAUGGAGAUGUGGUAGGGGGCGAGAGCAGUUGGAAUAAAAAGUUAACUGACAGUGCCCCAGCGUAUCUCCAGGACAUGGUGAACCUAUUUGCAAACAGAGUUGUUCUGUUUGACAACAACACCAGUGAUAUGCGGCAGCGCGAGUCACAGCUAAAAAAAUUGUUUUGUGCGGUGGAUUUCGUCAUAUCAAGAAAUCAUGGCAGAGCGUUUUGCAACCAGAUGUUCACUCAGAUUAAGGAAAUGCAUCCAGUAUCCAUGUCAAAUAAAGAGAUAUAUGAUGACUACCUUAAACAGAUCAGCAAGAUGGUGGAGGAAAAGUUGAACAGUACAAUCGCAAGGCUGGAAAACCAGCUUCAUGAAGAGCAGAAAGCAAGGCAAGCCGUGGAGAAUAAUUUGAGAGAAGAGAUUCGUGUACUGAAGGAUAGGCUGAAGAAGGCUGAAGAAGAGGCUGAAGAAGAGGCCAAACCUGGCAGCAGUUGCAUUAUUCUGUAAGAUGGUGUCCUUGGACAAAAUUUGCAGCAUGUACGAAUUCUGUAUGCUUUGCUACCUGGAAACUCCGUGACUGCUCGUAGAAUUUUGGAGCAUAGUGAAUGACCUGAACAAGAUGAUGUUUUGAGUUUGGAUUAAACUGCUUGGCUAUGAUAUGUACAUCUUGCAUGCA